CACAAUAGUGUCAAAACGUCUGUUUGCACAAUUAAAGUCUGUAAAUUAAUCAGUGUGCUCCAGUCCCUUCUGUUUUUUGAAGUCUGCUGUCCUCAAACUGAGAAGCACCUGAUUCAGCUGCUUUUUGUUGGAAGAUACGUGGAGAACCCUGUUUCUGCAGUCAAGCUCUUUCUGUAACUCUGAAUAAGGUUUCUACACUUCUCCACUGCCUCAGGCUACAUCUGUCUCAGGUGUGCUGUUACCUGCCCAGAUGUGUUCAGUCUCUCAGUGUGGCUGCAGACACAGUUGCUUCUUGUAAACCAAAGACGCAGCUGAAGUCCACCAGAGACGAGCAGGCAGCUGACAUCUGCUAGCACAACAUGAUCUUCAUCUUCUUCUUCAUUGGUCUUCUUCCGGCAGCUUGGCUCCAGGACCAGCAGGACCAGUGCCCCCGCGGGUCCUGUAAUCCCCAGCUCGGUGACCUAAUGGUGGGUCGGGCUGCUCAGCUCUCAGCCUCUUCCACAUGCGGCCUGGAUGGACCACAGAACUACUGCAUCAUUGGAUACUUGGAGGAGGAGCAGAAAUGCUUCACAUGUGACUCUCGGCUGCCGUACAAUCGCAAUAGCAACCCUGACAGCCACCGUAUUGAGAACAUCAUCACGACCUUUGACCCCGAGCGUAAAAUGAAGUGGUGGCAAUCUGAGAAUGGAGUUCAUCAGGUCAGCAUCCAGCUGGACCUGGAGACCAUGUUCCAGUUUAGCCAUCUGGUCCUCAGCUUCAAGAGUUUCCGUCCUGUGGCCAUGUUGGUGGAGCGUUCGAAGGACUUCGGACGAAGCUGGAAGGUUUUUCGAUACUUUGCGGAGGAUUGUUCGCUUCACUUCCCUUCAGUGUCCGAUCAGACGGCAGACGGCAUCGACGAUGUCGUCUGUGACAGCAGAUACUCGGGAUCAGAGCCGUCAUCUGACGGAGAGGUGGUGCUAAAAGCUCUGGAUCCAAUCUUUGAAAUAGAAAACCCGUACGCUCCACAGAUCCAAGAGCUGAUCACCAUGACCAACAUCCGGGUCAACUUCACCCGUCUCUUCACGCUGGGAGACACCCUGCUCAGUCGAAGACGCAGGAGCCCUCAGGACAAAUAUUACUACGCUCUUUACAACAUGGUGGUCCGAGGCAGCUGCUUCUGUAACGGCCACGCCAGCCAGUGUAUGCCUCUGGAUGGAGGACGUGGUGACGUCUUCACCCAGCCUGGCAUGGUCCACGGACGAUGUGUUUGUCACCACAACACAGCCGGAGAAAACUGUGAGAGAUGUCAAGACUUUCACCACGACUCCCCCUGGAGGCCUGGAGGAGAACACGACGUCUGCAGGAGGUGUAACUGUCACGGUCACUCGGACUCGUGUCAUUUCGACGCCGCUCGUUUCGAGGUGACGGGAGGCGUGAGUGGAGGCGUGUGUGACGACUGCCGCCAUGACAGGGUGGGGCCUCAGUGUGAGCGAUGUCGCCCUUUUCUGUACCAGGAUCCUCAGAGAGCACCGGAAGACCCGCACUCCUGCAUACCGUGUGAUUGCGACCCGGCCGGCUCGCAAGGCGGCGGUCUAUGUGACCCGCUGAACGGUCGAUGUGUCUGUAAAGAAAACGUGGAGGGGCGACGCUGCGACCGCUGCAAACAUGGCUUCUUCGGUCUGACGCAGGAAGACCCAGCUGGCUGUCAGAUGUGCAGGUGUCAUGUGUUGGGAAGUGUCGGGUCAUGUGAUCAGCUGACAGGAAGCUGUGAAUGUGAGCGUCUGGCGAGCGGAGCACUGUGUGAUCAAUGUGUGGCAGGUUUCUGGGGUCUGGGAGACUCUGGGUUCAGGUGUUCACCCUGUGACUGUGAUACUGGAGGAGCUCGCAGCAUCACGUGUUCUUCACACGACGGGCAGUGUCACUGUUUACCCAACAUGGUGGGCCGGCGCUGUGCUGACCCCGCCCCCGGGUACUUCCUGCCUCCGCUAGACUACUUCCUGUACGAGGCGGAGCUUGCCGCCCCGCUAGAUGAAGAGAGCUCUUCUUCUACUCCUCCACCAUAUUCAUAUGCAUAUGAUUCCUCCUCUUCUUCUUCUCUGCUGAAACCAUCUGUGCUGCCGGAGUGUGAACAGUAUUACAGAGAGCAGGGUUAUGACUUCAAGCUCUCCAAUGGACGAAUGGUUCUGGUCCGGAAGACUCGCCGUGCCCGCCGGAGGAGGCAGGUGCAGCACAGCGGCAUCCCGCUGGAACCGGGUCAUGCCUUGCAGAUCAUCCCUCGUCAGAGGACACCUGAACAGCCAAUCACCUGGAGCGGCCUGGGAUUGGUCAGAGUUCUAGAUGGAGCAGGGCUGAGGUUCACUGUUGACAACCUUCCUUCCUCGAUGGAUUAUCAGCUGGUGAUCCGCUAUGAGCCAGAGUCUCCGUCUGAUUGGCUGGCAUCAGUCAGCAUCAUCAUGCUGUCACCUGGCGACGGUGGCUGCAGCAGUGACCCAACAGGAACUAAAACUCUGACUCUUCCCGGAAACUCCAGAGGAGGCGUUCUGGACUCUGCAGUGUGUCUGAACGCAGGCGGUCGGUACUUUGUGGACAUCACCUUGAACAAACAGCCCGGACCUGAAGGCUCGCACAUCCUGAUCGACUCGAUGGGUCUGAUUCCCAACAUAGAGUCCAUCCGUGACUUCUGCUCCCAGAGCGACCUGGACUCUUUCCGUCGCUUUCGCUGCGUUGGAUUGGCUGUCGAUCUUGGAUCACAAGAGUCACCGCCGGAAGUCUGUGAGAGUCUUAUCGGGAGCAUGUCGGCACGGAUCCACAACGGAGCCGUUGUUUGCAGGUGUAAUGUCGUCGGCUCUCUUGGACCAUCCUGCAGUAAACUGGGCGGGUUGUGUGAAUGUAAACCCAACGUGAUUGGUCGUUGCUGUGAUACCUGUGCACCCCUGACUUUCGGUUUUGGACCCGACGGCUGCAAACCAUGUCAGUGUGACCCCAGUGGUUCAGUGUCGGAGCUGUGCGAUCAGGUUACGGGUCAAUGUGCGUGUCGCUUAGGGGUGACGGGUCGCCGCUGUGGCCGCUGCCAGACGGGAUUCUGGGGUUUCCCACAAUGUCGACCCUGUGAAUGCAAUGGAUUGUCUGAUGUCUGUGACGAACAGAGUGGAGAGUGUCGGAACUGCAGAGAUCAUGCAACCGGACCACACUGUGACAGGUGUGUGGAGGGUUACUAUGGUAGCCCUGACUCCAGGCAGCCCUGUCAGCCAUGCCUAUGUCCAGACGUUCAGAGCAGCGGACGGUUCUUCGCCACUUCCUGCCACAACAACCCACAAUCCCUCAGUCUCACCUGCAACUGCUGGGAGGGACACACAGGUCCAAACUGCAACAGAUGCAGUCCUGGUUUCUAUGGUGACCUGACAGUGCCGGGCAUCCGCUGUGAGGAGUGUCCCUGCAACAACAACAUUGACCCGGAUGACCGAGACGCCUGUGACAGCGUGACGGGAGAGUGUCUGCACUGUCUCCACAACACAAUGGGACCACGCUGCCAAAACUGCAAACCUGGUUACUAUGGCAAUGCCCUGGAGCAGGACUGCAAAGAGUGCUCCUGUGACCGGCGGGGGACAGAGGUGACUCAGUGUCCUCUGGGGAGUCCCUGCUUCUGUGAUUGGAGGACUGGACAGUGUCCCUGCAGGACAGGCGUGAUUGGCGUCCUCUGUGAUGAGUGUGAGGACGGAUACUGGAACCUGGACGGAGCGUCGGGCUGUCAGCCCUGCAGCUGUGAUCCUGCUAAUUCUCUCUCCAACAUCUGCGACAAGGUGUCAGGACAGUGUCUUUGUCGUCCUGAGUUUGGAGGAAGACAGUGUGAUGAAUGUGGAGAAAAUCAUUUUGGGAACCCAGAUGUGCAGUGCAUGUCUUGUGACUGUAACAUGGAGGGAACUGUGCGCCCGUCAUGUGACCCUGAAACCGGCGAGUGCAUGUGUCGGAUUGGUGUCACUGGUAUUUUCUGUGAUGAGUGUGCUCCCGGCUAUGACUCGAAGUUCCCAGCAUGCGAGGAGUGCCACCCCUGCACCACCCUCUGGGCCGAAAAUGUCACCGACGUCCAGCGUGCUGCCCAAAGGAUGAGAACCUUCAUUCCUCGCCACGGUGAUGACUUGCAGCCUGGUUAUAGUCACCACCAGCAACAGAUGCUGGAGAUGCAUUCCAAGCUGGAAGGUCUCACCAACCUGACAGGACUUUCCCCGCAGAAGGUGGAGAAGGUGGAGAAACUAUAUCUGAAGAUCAGGAAGCUGAAAGAUGGUAUCGACCCCAACAUGAUCCUGAUCAACCCGUCUUCCCUCCUCAACUCUGACAUUGACAACAUUCAACAUGAGUUCAAGAAGCUGCUGAACAACCUGAAGCAGAAACUCACGGAGCAGCCGGAUGACGAUGAUGAAGACCUGGAGGAAAUAUUGGAUGAGAUCCAGAAGCUUCAUAAAGCCUUCCUGUCUGACGAGAAGAGAGUGAAGAACGCUAACAAAGCUCUGGAGGACUCCAUGGACACCAGACAGGAAGUCAAACACAAACUGAGCACGUGUAGCAGCAGAGGAGACCUGUCGCCACUGGAGAAGACGGUCAAAGCGCUAAGCGUGGUCAACCUUAACCGCAAGAUCUGUGGAGGACCAGGACUGGAGGACUGUUCAGGAUGUGGUGGCGCUCUAUGUGGUCUUCUGGGAAACAGGAAGUGUGGAGGUCCAAACUGUGAUGGCGUUGUUCCUUUGAGUGUAAAAGCUUCAGAGACAGCAGAGAAAGUGAAGGACAAACUCAUCACACUCCCUGGCAGACUGCAGGAGUCCAAGAACAAGAUCAAUGAUGCCCAACAGGUGGCUCAGGACACUAAAGCCCUGACCAAAGACCUCCAGGACCAGAUCCACAACAACAUGGACACCUUCGAGAGAGAAAAGAACAAAAGCAAGGAGCUCAUCCAGCGUGUCAAAGACUACCUACUGGAUGAGAUGGUUCCUCCAGAGGACAUCGAGAAAAUGGCCCGAGCAGUGCUGGACAUCCAGCUGCCACGAUCACCUGAUGAGAUCCUGUCCAUGAUCAAAAACAUCAACCAGAUGCUGUCCAGUGCCACCAACUUCCAGGAGGACCUGAAGAACUUGGAGGAGCACACCAAGACUGCCCAGGACCUUCUACAGAAAGCUCGGGAGCUCAAGGAACAGACAAAGGACAUUGAUAUGACAAAGAUCAGCAGAGACAUUUAUGAAGCAGAGGAAGCUCAGGAUAAAGCAAAUGAUGACCUGGAGACGGCCAGCCGAGACAGUGACACGGCCAAAGACCGAAUGCGAAAAAUUACAGACAAACUGGACAACGUCGAAUCGAAGCUGAUGAGUCGUCGACCUGAAGAGCUGCUAGAUGACAUCGAUGCCCUUAAGAGGAAAACUGAACAGAACAGAGAGCAAGCCAGAGAGGCCCGAGAGGCUGCAGACUCAGCUACAGACAGCAGUACAGACGCACAGACGGAGCUGGAUGAUGUGAGGAAGCUGUUUGAGAUUUUAAAGCAGAAAAACAAGAACCAGACAGUUCAAGACGAAGCUGGAAAACGGCUGAAGAGCAUCGUGGAUGAGGCAGAAAUGCUGAAGAGACAAGUGGAAGACAAACUGCGACGCAUACAAGAUGUGGAGAAGAAGAUCCAGCAGCUGAUCAACAGUAAACAGCAGAAAGCUGAUGAAGUCACCCGUUUGUUAGAAGAAGUGGAUUCUCUUCGCCGGGAAAUUGCCAAACGAGCUGAAGGAUACAUCAGCUGCUCAUCCUGAGUACUACAUCUCCUAGAUACUACACCUAAAUACAACGCCCACUAAAUGCUACAGCAUUUUUAGGAUUGAAAUCAUCUGUAAUUUGCAUCAGACACUCAAUCAUCAUGUGGCCUAUUUGAGGACCCGACCCUCACAUUUGAAACCUUAAACACUAUUAAAUACUUAGAAUCCAUCUGUAUUUUUAUUAAUGUUUCAGGAGUUUUGCUGUCAUUUCCAGGGUGAUGUUUCAUAUUUUGU